AUGUUAAAUGGGAUCCUUACGCACGUAUUUUUCGUUAAUAUAAAUCCCGGCUAUAAUAAUAAACGAAAAGAUCGUUGCGCCGGCGGCCAAGCAAAUUUUAACAAUCGUAACGAUAUUUCGGUAAUCCGGAUCGCUUUAAAACCAAGCUUCGAUAUCCGUAUAACAUUAAAUAAAGCUUUUUUAAAAUACGUUUACCCGAAAGCUUAUUUUAUUAAAAUUUUAUUUAUUUUCCGGCUUAAUUUAAUAUUUUUUUACGUACCGCGCCGUUCGUCGAAAAAAAGGUUAGCCGGCGGCGGAGGAUUAAAUUAA